AUGCCUCCCGACGAGGCCGCCGCCGGCACCGAAACACGCGGGCCUUCGCAUUAUCUUUCUCUGAGGUCUCGCCGCUCCAAUCGCUACCUGGCCGAUGCUCUCAAGCAGCCGGCCCAGAAGGAGGAGCCUCCUCUGCCACAGCUGCAGUAUGCGCCCCAACCGUUGUUACAGUCACUACAGCAGCCGCUCGCCCCCAAAUCAUCCAAGCGAAGCCUUCGUCACAUAUUCAGCCGCUCAAAGCUGAGCAAGGACAAGGCCGAACCCUCAGCAACUACCCAGAACGCCCCAAAGUCAGACUUGCGCACACCCCAUACCGCUUCGACAGACAACGGCAAUGCUUCGAACGUCCACGCCCCUCCUUUACCAGAACCAGCACGUAACUUGUCCGCCGCUGCAAAGAGGGCAUCUUCCGUCCCAAGAGCCCGAUCUCUUCGGCGCCAAAGCCACGCUGUAAAUCCCGCAGUGCCUGGCCGCAAGGCCUCCAUCCAGGAGAAUACAUCCCACGAGUCGCUUGCUGCUUGGGAAAUGCCACAGCUUUUCAAGGCAUUCCCGCAAACUAUUCGUCAGGCGACCCUACCUGCCGUUACCAUGUCGACAGAAAUGGUUUUGCGGCUUCACGAAAGGAAUAUCUCGGCCGCUCUUGCAGCUGAGCAGCUGACCAUGGAGGAGCGCAACCCGAAAGAAAAGACCAAGAAGAAGCACGGCAAGAACCCAUCUCUGUCUAACCUGCAAUGGACCACCAAAAUUUAUCUCUUGACUACUUCAGGACAUCUACUACAAUAUUCUGGUGCAGGCAAUUAUGAUCGCUUACCUGAAAAAGUCCUCAAGCUGAGCCACACUUCUGCUGCCUUCGUUACGGACUCCAUUCCUGGACAGCACUGGGUACUCCAAGUCUCUUCAUCCACGGAACUAAAUGCAGUCAACCCCGUCAACGAAACAAAGUCAAUCCUAUCCAAGCUGUCAAUUCUCGCAGGAGAGAAGCGCGAAACUGCCAACAUCUUGAUGGUAUUCGAGAGCCCCGGUGACUUGGACAGCUGGAUGGCUACUCUUCGCGGCGAAAUCGAGAAGCUCGGUGGUAAGCGCAAGUUGUCCGAAACCGGCGUACCUGAACGUCCUGCUGCUCCGAGACAAGCACCCAGAGCCAUUGUCGUCCGAGACUUGAUGCGCUUCUCCUCUACGAACCCCAGCCGCCGAGGAAGCAGCAGCGACUGCGACUUGACACUGAGAGUCGGCGACUUUCACCACAGCAGAGAGCAGAGCCUCGACGAGGUCUCGACGACCAACAGCGUCGUGUCCCAGGACGGCAGGCAGCUCGAUAACUUGCGGGACAGUAACGGGAAUCGUCUUUCCUUUGCUUCUGCUGAUAGGCGAACUGCGGUAACGUCUGCUGCCUCUUCCCCAGAGCGCUCUCCGAUCGCCGAUGCCUUUCCUCGUGACUCUACCGAAACCUGUGAUUCGUUCGAAUAUUCUCACGGCUCAAAGAAAGCUGAUGCUAAGCUUCGCCCCAAUGCAUCUGUCAUUGCCAGCCGACGCUCCACCAUGCAGAAUGCCGGUCUGUUCAUUGACGUCAGCGCUGACCAUCGCAACUCCCAAUCAGAAGAUCCUUUCCUGCCCAUGCCAAAUGAGGCCUUGGAGUCUCCCACGGGGCUCGUUGCCCCCAAUUUCAGCGUACCACAGUCAUCAACCCGACGAUUUUCUCAUGUUCGCAUCAACUCUUCCAACUCGCAGUCUCCCCCUUCACCAAACACCGUCACCUUUGCUUCGCGUUCUCUUCGAUCAAAACCCCCCCCCGCAUUGCGAUCCUCGCGACCUCUCUCCAUGGUUGCCGACCACCAAUCACCCAGACCCGAGCUGCCCGUCCGGCCACCCACUGCCGACGGCACCAGCCGCCAAGGGCUGUCUCCCGUCAAAGAGCAGGCCAGAGAGCAGCGCCAGCGCCAUCCUCGACGACACAGCCCCCGCAGCUCUGCGGACGUCAAAUCUGACAUGACCUCUCCCCGCUCUAGCUUGGCCAGCAGCGACCUUAUCACAUCGCCCUCGCCCAGUUACCGAAUCAGCCCGCGCCGAGCCCGACCUCCACUUGCCGGCAUGCGCAGGAACAGCCCGGAUUUUGAUAUGCGGGCCAUCCGCGCCUCAAAGCGUCUUUCUACCGUGGCCCAUGAACCACUGACUCUGCCAAUCUCUACUUGGAACCGAAACAUAUCUCGUCGCCAAUCAACCAUGGGAUCAAUUCCUUCUGAGCCGCCUGCACCACAGCAGGAAACGAGACGAGCCAGCCUAAACACCGGCUUCACCGCGCUGGGACACCGCCGACAUUCGUCUUCGGAUGAACAUCGGCCAGCCUCGGUUCUACCGCCCAUGCCGCCACCACCUGCUGGUCCUCUCCCCGCGCUGCCAGAUGCCGCCACUACCCCGAAGACGGACAAGGAACGAGCUGUUCUGAAUCGCCGGAGCAUGCCACAUAUGAUGCCCCCUCCAGUCCCCCCACCACUGCGAGAGCUGCCCCCUCUCCCCCCAACUGCAUCCCUGCGGGUGUAA